AGCACUUGGAAAUUACAAAUAACGAAGAUGAUUGAUAAAUCAUCAUUCGUGUGUGUGUGUGUGUGUGUGUGUGUGUGUGUGUGUGUGUGUGUGUGUGUGUAUACAUAUAUGUUAACCUAGGAAUAGGAGAUUCUUACAAACAGGUCGUGAAGUGUUCAGUGGACUUAACUGUUCUUUUGGGCAAAUUAUUACCAAGAUUACUACUUGUGACUUCUGGCUAAGGCGACGACACAGUUAGCGAAGUACACUGUCUCGUUUCUAUGAAUUACGAGCGGAUGUAACGUAACGCAACUAAUAAACUAAUAAAAAGAUACAGGUUAUUUCAAUCGCAUCCGGACACGCUAUGAAGUAACAGUUUACUACAGACAAGCUCAAACGAGACCGCUGAUUGGCCAAUAAAAUGCCGCAUAGAAAAGCAUCCAAUCAUGUUCGCUGGCUCAUCCACGUGGCGACGCCACAGACACACCCCUUUACCAAGGGCCCUGCUGAAGGUUUAUUUUGGAUUAUUUGGCUUCCCGGUUGCUACCGUAGGUGGGAUUUACUGCAACGUAUGUCGAAAAUCUGGAUCACAAUGGUUUAAAAUCCGAAUAUAGAGGCUAUAAGGGGUGCCGUACAGAGUGCGAGUAGUUCCUUUAUAUCUCCAUUAUAAAUAAUGGUGAAUAUGUAGCUGGCUGACUGCAGCACUUGGAAAGAAACAGUACGCGAUCGGGAUCGCAUUUGGACAAGCCGAAGAGGACGGUGGAAGGGCUGGCCAAUCCGAAGAUCGUGAGCCACAGCCUGGGAAAGGAGGGUAAACAUUAAAAAAUCUCUGUGCUUGAGCGCGCAGGGUGACUCGCCCGCAAUGACGGAGCCGGGUUCGAAAUGGGCUUGUGAGUACUGCACGUACGAGAACUGGCCGUCUGCAAUCAAGUGCACGAUGUGCCGAGCCGCCAGGCCCGGCGGUACCAUCAUCACCGAAGAGCCCUUCAAGAGCGGCUGGGCUCGAAAGCCCUGGCCAGGCUGGGGGGCCACCCCUCCCAGCAGGGACGUUGGCAUGCUAAUUUGCCCUGAUCAGAUUGCUGAUGAAGCAGUCGCCAAAUGGUCCUGUCACAUCUGCACCUACCUGAACUGGCCGCGUGCUGUGAGGUGCACGCAGUGCCUCUGUCAGCGGUCCUGCGGUCCCGUCGAGGUCACACAGACUCCGGGACCGGUGUCCCAGCCACCGACGUCUCCAUCACCCCCUCUGACGGACUUCUGCGCGGCAAACAAUGACCGCAACAAGCCCCCGGCUCGUGAACUGCACUGUACAAUUUGUGAGCCUAGUGAACCGGGGACAUUAGAGCAAACCAAGCAUGACUGUUCCCUCGCCGCCAUUAGUGAACGGGACCAGCAGCAGGGAUGCUGCAGCGGAGAGCAGAGGGGCUCCGCCUCAAACCCUGAGAGCCAGCCAGCGGUGACCGUGGACUUCCAGAGGAUUGAGCUGGCAGCCGCAAGCAGCAGCAGCGGCAACGAGGGAGUGAAGGAAAACAACUUAAAAGAGCUGAAGCUGAUUCAAAACAGGUUGAGGAAAACAGACUUGUUGUUUCUCAAUGCCUGUGUAGGUGUGGUGGAGGGUGUCCUGGCCCCUGUGGAGGCCUACAAGUCGUCGGGCGGGGACACCUCCCGGCAGCUGACGGCCGAGGAGGCGCACCUCCUGAAUCGACCGUCUGCUUUCGAUGAGGGCUUCACGCUGGUCCACUUGGCCAUCCGCUUCCAGAGGCAGGACAUGCUGGCCGUGCUCCUCACAGAGGUCUCCGGGCAGGCGGCCAAGCGCAUCCCAGCCAUGGUGAGUCUGGAACUGACAGAGCAGAUCCGGAGGGAGGUAGCUGCAUCCCUUCACCAGCGCAAGGGCGACUUCGCCUGCUACUUCCUCGCUGACCUCGUGACGUUCACCCUUCCGGCAGAUAUCGAGGACUUACCCACUACGGUUCAAGAGAAGCUGUUUGAUGAGGUCCUUGAUCGAGACGUACAAAAAGAACUGGAGGAGGAGUCGCCCAUUAUUAACUGGUCACUGGAGCUGGGAAGCCGGUUGGAUAGCAGGCUUUACGCCCUGUGGAAUCGCACUGCGGGAGACUGCUUGCUGGAUUCUGUGUUGCAGGCCACUUGGGGCAUCUACGAUAAAGACUCUGUCCUCCGCAAAACUCUCCAUGACAGCCUGCAUGACUGCUCGCACUGGUUCUACAUGCGCUGGAAGGAGUGGGAGUCAUGGUACUCACAGAGCUGUGGUCUGCAGUUCUCCCUGCGGGAAGAACAGUGGCAGGAAGACUGGGCAUUCAUCUUGUCAUUGGCCAGUCAGCCUGGGGCCAGCCUGGAGCAGACACACAUUUUUGUUCUCGCACACAUUUUCCGUCGGCCCAUCAUAGUUUAUGGAGUGAAGUAUUACAAGAGUUUUCGUGGUGAAGCACUAGGUUACACUCGAUUUCAAGGCGUUUACUUGCCCUUGCUGUGGGAGCAGAGCUUCUGCUGGAAGAACCCCAUCGCUCUGGGUUACACGCGGGGCCACUUCACAGCCCUGGUGGCCAUGGAGAACGAUGGCUAUGACAGCCGAGGGGCAGGGGCCAACCCCAAUGUGGAUGAUGACGUCACGGUGAUCUUCUUGCCGCUGGUGGACAGUGACAGGAAGUUGCUACAUGUUCACUUCCUGUCAGCCCCGGAGAUGGGGAGCGAGGAGCGUCAGGAGAGGUUGCUGCGGGAGUGGCUGGACUGCUGUGUGACGGAGGGCGGCCUGCUGGUGGCGCUGCAGAAGAGCUCUCGUAGGAGCACCCACCCGCUCGUCGCGCAGAUGCUGGACAGGUGGUUGGACGGCUACCGACAGAUCCGACCGCACGCCGCUCUGUCAGACGGCGAAGAGGACGAUGAGGAUGACGAAACAUGAGGUGCUGGGGGUGAUCCUGGGUACGAUCCUGGGUACUGGGGGAGUACAAUGCAAUGGUUUGGCUAAAUCUGUAAUGAUUCCCAAACCUCCAGUUUUCCCCUUUUCCUUGGUCAUAGGAAAAUUUCUGUAUGCCGCCUAGGAACAUACUAAACCUAUGAUGAAAACGGGCAAAAACCCUAAAAACCGAUGACUUACAGAGUUAUAUGUUUUGCUUGAAGGAAACAGCCUAGGCGAUUUGAAUUAAGUUCAGGGAUUCUAAUGCCAUUUAAACAAGCGUUUUACGGUGGGCCGUCCUAAAUGUAAAAGCCUUUUUUUUCUUUAAUGUAAUUCAUGUGACUUAAAGUAUUUUGUCAAAGAAUUUAUUUUGAUUUAUUAUAGUCCGCAAAAAGCACAGUUUACGCUUUUCAGUUGACUUCCCCUUUUGUAUGUAGUCUGGGGGACUAAGUAACGUUUCCAUCUGAGGAAACUGUAUGGUAUCGAUAUUUUUAUUCCUAGUAAUGCACAUUUAUAAUAGAUUUAAACAUUGGUUAUACAUUUGCCUGAAUACAACAGGCUAUUAUAAAAUGAAGAAAACGAAUAUUCCAUUUUAUCAUAAAGGUUGCCAUUUAGUUGAGCCACUUAAAACAUCCCCAAUAAACAUUUAGCUGACUAACCCAUUGAUGGUUAGAUCUUUAAGAGACAGCCACCUGCCCAAACAUUUAAGCAUUUAAAUCAGCUAAUUACCAGAAGAAUUUCCUGCAUUAUUUUCAUGACUGAAUUAAAGAGCGAUCUUUUUUUUUUCAGUCUUGGUGGCUGUUAGGUUGGACUGAGAACAAUCUUCAUUUCAGGAACGUUUCAGCAUGAAUUCUGUACCUCAGUCUGAUGCUUCAACUUGGUGCUUAUUUUUGUGGGGAGGGGAAUAGUUAACAGUUAUUUAUUAGUAUCAAAUAAUAAUCCUUGAUUUCUUUUUCUCUGUUUGGUCCUUAAAUUUCCAUCUUGUGUCAUUUUUUUACUAUUAACUUACUUCUAAUAAUUUUGCACCGAUCUUGAUUCCUACAACCAAGUUCCAACAACGUAACACCAAAGCAAACACAUGGGUUAAUUUGACGGAUGAAGAUACUUUGUAUUCGUUUGCGUUGUAUUUAUGCAAAAAAAAAAACUUUAAUUUUUUUAUUUCACGUUUGAACGGAAAGUAUAACGUGCAGCUUCAUUCGAUAUUAAAAAUUUAGUUCAAUGAUGAUAUCCAGUAUUUACCCUUAACCGUGACUGUCUGCAUGUUUAUUUAAAAAUUUAAGGUAUGAUCAUUGGUGGACUCUAGAAUUAAUGACUUUAUUUAAUUUACACUUUAUUUAAUGGGCCAUUAUGUGCUGUAUAUAUUAACUUAAUAAAUCCCAUUACCUUCAUUAAUCCAUAGUCUAAUCUUUUAAAAUGCCAUUGCGUUUGGCAGAGAAACUCAUUUUUGUUUGCUUGUGUUUAAAUUUUUACAUUGUUUAAUUACUCUUCAUGUGGAAGUCACUGCAUCAAAUCCAGAUGUAAAUAAUUAACUGUACCUCAAAAGGUUAUGUUGACUCUUGUAUUAGAACAGAGGGAUCAAGCUCACUUCAGUUAAUAGGCAAUAUUGGACUCAAUUCAGUCUCAACUGGGGCUUUAUGUGUAGUUGGCUUAUAGGGCGUGGGGUGCAGUUGAUGCUCUCCUCCGUAUAAGCUAGUCUCACAAAUCAUUAGAGACUGAUGGUCCUGAUCGAAAUGAUUACUGUCAUAAUGAUACUGGUAUAACACUCACUGAAAUCUGGUAAUAAAACGAGGCAAACGGAAUGUUCUGCGCAGUUAAUCACCAUACUGUAUUUCAACGUGUGGUGCUGAAUAAAGAAAAUGCAUAAAAAUAAGCAAAAUCUAGAAUCCUCUCUGCGAUUGCAUAUCUCGUUAUGUCGGCAAAAGCCUGACUCAUUUUGGAGUACAUUUCCCCGCAAACCCACUAUCAGAGUAGGUAACCUUGACAACUAUAACAACUACUGGUCUUCCAACUACUAUUAAAAACAUAGUGAUAUUUCUUCAGUCCCGCCAGCAAUUAAUUUAAUUUAUUUGAUCUGAGGUACCCUUGCAAGCCGUUGUUUUUUUUCAGUAUGGUGAGCGCUGUUGUGGCCUACUCAUAUCGCGUUUUUUUCCCAGGAUUUAGAAAUCAGCGUGUACUUAAAUCAUGACCAGGCUGGCUUAUCAAUUUUAUAUUUUUUACGUUCACGUGGGAUGUAUGAAAUGAAGCAGCAAUACAAAUAGAAUUUAAUAUAAACCGAAACAAACACUGGAUUGAUUGCAUAGUCAGAAAUAAGCUACCACUGAGUAUACAGUAUAAAUAUAAGAAUAUCUGAGUAAUUAUAGCAACCUUUAGGUUUUAGUCCAGUUCCCGAGUAGCCCAGCCAUAGAGGUAUGAUCGCUAAAUCACGCUAAAUCUUUUGAUCAUGCUUACGCAUGUGUAGCUAACCAUCUAAACUACUAACGUUAAGUCAAAUUCCAGGACCUGUUAAUACUGCCUUUGCAACACCAGUGGCUUUUAAUUGGUCCGUUUACCUUUCUUUGUCCCAUGUAUUGUCAUCUGGAGCGGACGGUGAUUAUGUCUUUUCCGUAAUCUUGUAUCUCUAUGUAGGCAAAUUUACAAAAGGAUUUUGGCAAGUUUGGUUACAGUGCAGGAGGGAAGCAAGCAAAAAUAAAUGCAGUAAUUCAUAUUAAUAUAAUAUUCAUGGUCCCUGUUUCACAGCAUUUUCAGUAAAGAAUCAAAAAUAUGAAACUUUACAUAACAUAGGCAGACUGACCAUUUUGAGACAUAAAAUUAAGCAGACAUGAAAACUAAAGCCAAAUGCACUCUGCAGUUAAUUUGCAUUUGCAAAUGUGUUGCACUAUUCAAUUACUAAAACACAGAGAAGCCAGAUACGGCUGAAGUAGCGUUCUCUCACUUGGCAAGGUUUACAGACUCUGACUGUAUAACAGCGCCCCCUUCUGGAAGCUAAGUGAAAGGUCAAGGGUAAAAGGAUUAGGCUAGCCACAAAAUUAAAUUUGCAUUUUGACAGCAGUGACAUUGGAUACUGAAGCACUUUUAAACACUGCUUUCCGGAGUAUGUGUGAUACUCUCAGAAGGAGGUUAAUUACCAUGACAUGUAAAUGUUGCAUAAUUUACAGAUGAAACAAAUUGAUAAUAAAACAGUAGUACAUUUUUAAAAAGUCAUCACUCCGCCUUUUAAGAUUAAGGCAUUGUUAAGUGUUUUUGGGGAAAAUUGCUAAGCUAACCAUUAAUAUUGUGUAUCUAUUAUAUGUGUGUAUGAGUGAAUAAAGACAUUUCACAUGA